AUGGCUGGUAUCACUGGUAUUACUCCGGAGUUCAAGAACUCAGAUUUGAUCCGUAAAGGUGCAUUUGUUGAUGGCCAAUGGCUUGAGACUGCUUCAGAAACGUUUAAUGUGACUGAUCCAGCUACUUUGGAAGUUAUCGCUACUUUGCCAGAUCAAUCCAUUGAAGUUAUCCAUGAAGCCAUCGAUAGUGCUGCAGAAGCGUUCCGUUUGUUUAAGAAAACUACACCAAAGACCAGAUCUACAUGGUUGCGUAACUUGUACAAUUUGAUGAUGGAAAACGUCGACGAUUUGGCAAAGAUUAUUACUUGGGAAAAUGGUAAGGCUCUAUCCGAAGCUCAAGGUGAAGUUAAGUAUGCAGCAUCUUAUUUCGAAUGGUAUGCUGAAGAAGCAGUUAGAAUGUAUGGUACUACUAUUCAACCGAAUAAUGGAUCCAAUAGAGCUUUCACCGUUAGACAACCAGUUGGUGUCUGUGGUAUCAUUUGUCCAUGGAAUUUCCCAAGCGCUAUGAUUACCAGAAAGGCCGGUGCUGCAUUGGCAGCUGGUUGUACCGUGGUCGUGAAACCAGAUUCUCAAACUCCAUUGUCCGCUUUGGCUUUGGCUCAUUUGGCUGAAAAAGCUGGUUUCCCUAAAGGUGUUUUCAACGUCGUAUUGACUGCUACCAGAACUCCAGAAUUCGGUUUGGCUCUAUGUGAAUCUCCAAAAGUUAAGAAGAUUUCGUUCACUGGGUCGACCAACGUCGGUAAGAUCUUGAUGAAACAAAGUGCAUCUACUAUGAAGAAAUUGUCCUUUGAAUUAGGUGGUAAUGCUCCGGUCAUUGUCUUCGACGAUGCUGAUUUGGAGCAAGCCGUUACUCAAACUAUUUUGUCCAAAUUUAGAGGCCUAGGUCAAACUUGUGUGUGCGCUAACAGAAUCUAUGUUCAACGUACCAUCAUUGAUUCAUUUGCUGAAAAAUUGGCUAAACAAGUGAACGAGUUCGUCAUUGGCCAUGGUUUGGACUCUAAGACUACUCACGGAUGUCUAAUUAAUGAAAAUGCUAUAAAGAAAGUUGAAGCUCAUGUAAAGGACGCCUUGGAAAAGGGUGCAAAGACCGUCGUUGCUGGUGGUCGUUUGCCAGAAUUAGGUCCAAACUUCUACGCUCCAACCGUACUAUCUCAUGUUCCAUCCACGGCUGUGGUUAAUAAAGAUGAGACUUUCGGUCCUCUCUGUGCCUUGAUUCCAUUCGAUACCAUGGAAGAAGUCGUAGGAUAUGCUAACGAUACUGAAUUGGGUCUAGCAUCAUACGUGUUCUCUAAGAACAUUGAUACCGUAUACACCGUUGCUGAAGCUUUGGAAACCGGUAUGGUCUCAUGCAACACUGGUUUGUUCAGUGAGUGUACCAUUCCAUUCGGCGGUGUUAAGGAAUCCGGAUUCGGUAGAGAGGGAUCUUUGCACGGUAUUGAAGACUAUACUGUCAUCAAGACUAUCACCAUCGGAAACUUGCCUGCUCCACUAUAA